CGCAAUAUGAUUUUAGUAAGGAGAAAAACGCGUCGACUGUUAUAGAGGAAAAUUUUGGAAUUUUAAAGCCAACUAUGAAGGCAAGUAAAACCGAAAACACGUUUUAAGGUAUUUCUGUUGAAGAAAUACAACAAAGUCUACUCCACUACAACACACAAGUAAAUGAAAUCAUUUUCUCCUACAUUUACAAGAAAUUUUUGUGGAAUUAUGGAUGCAAGAUGCCGUUUAUGUGCAGAAUGUUCCACCAAUCAAAUAGCUAUAUUGCACGAUAAUGGAUUUUGCUUGAAAAUUUUCCAACUGUUUCAAAUAAAAGUUUCCGCAAACGAUAAUCUACCAACCUGUGUGUGCCGUGACUGUUAUGAAAUGGUGGAAAAAACUUGGAAUUUUAAUGAUAGAAUACAAAAGGCUCAAGAUAUCCUCGCAGAACUGAUUAAUGGUAUUCAAGAAACUUUACCCGAAAUUCCUGAAUUGGAAGAAUCCAAUAAUCAUGCAAACUCAACCAGUAUCGUAGAUUUAGAUUACAUGCCCCAAAGUAAAGACGAAAAGUGUGAUUUUUUGACGAGUGAGUCAUUAGAAAUAUUUUCUGAAAUUACAGUAAAAUCAGAAAAUACCAAUAAAACAAAGAAAUCCACAAAUGUUAAAAAGAAAAAACUCAAAACCACUAAAAACGAUGAACGUAAAUUGCUUAGGAAGGAAUCUCAACCUGAAAAUUCUCAAAUAGAAGAUAUAGAAUUUGAAAUGAAACUAGACGGCAGCAUAGUCCAAAAGGAGGAGGAAGGAUGGAAUCGAUACAUGUACAGCUGUACUGACUGCCACAGCAUUUUCAACAAUCCCGAUGAUAUUCGAAUGCAUUACACAAAUGUCCACAACGCCCCGACACGUUACUUAUGUGCAGAUUGUCCAAAAUCCUAUACAAAGUACAGCGUCUUUCUGACGCACGUCAGGAUACACAGACCACGACUGAGACUUUGUUGCGACAUGUGUUUCAAAUGGUUCCCCACUGUUAGCGAACAAGAAAAACACAGAAUACUACACGGUGAAACCAAACCAUACGUUUGCGCCACUUGUGGCAGAAAAUUCAGGAUGCAAUCGUCAUUAAUUGUUCAUUCUCGUACUCACCUACCGAUCGAAAUAAAAAACCAACACCAGUGCGAUCAAUGCCCCAAAAAAUUUGGCACCAGGCCGAACCUAAUGGCUCAUAUGAGAAUACAUUCUGGUAUAAGAGAGUACACCUGCGAUCAAUGCGGCAAAAGUUUUGUACAAAAAGGCAAUUUAGAUAACCACCUAUUGACUCAUACGGCAGUUACCCCGUUCAAUUGCUUGGUGUGCAACAAAUCGUUCAAAACUUUGGUGCGUUUGCGAAAACACAGCUCCAUUCAUUCGGGUUUGAAGCCUCAUAGAUGCGAAAUAUGCGGCAGGCAAUUUAGAGAAAGGGGCACCUUAAAAGAACACCAUCGAAUACAUACAGGAGAUAUGCCGUUUACUUGCGAAUUUUGCGGAAAGUGCUUUAGAUUCAAAGGAGUAUUGACUACCCACAGAAGACAACAUACAGGGGAGCGACCAUAUUCCUGCAAUGAAUGCCAACAUCACUUCACGAACUGGCCGAAUUACAAUAAACACAUGAAAAGAAGGCACGGUAUCAAUACAAGUGUUACGUGCAGGACUCGUCAGGAUAUUCCACCUACUGGCAUGCCUCACCGGAACCCUCCCGGAACUGUUUUAGCGCCCCCACAACCAGUAUUACAGGUUGCUGAAAAUUAUACAGAACCUACCCCGACUUUUUAUCCAGUUUUAAAUUUAUAUACUAUUCCUGAAGAACUUGUCAAGUUUAACUUGUGAAAAUCACGUUAUAUGAUUUGUUUAUUUAUACCACAGAAUAUACUUUUUAUAUACAUAAUUAUUAAAUAAUUAUGAAAUGAUGGUCUAAAAUUUCUCACACGGCUGUCUAGGUCC